GUCCCUGUAUGUUUUUGUAUUUUCUCUGCUCUCAAUUCCCUCGACCCUCUCCUUGAGUUUUCCCCGUGAUGGCGCUAUCUGUUUACCUCAUCUGAGUUCUUUGCUCAUGUCCAUUUUCCUGCAGAUUUGUGGCAUAUAUGGUUUUUUGUUAAUUUGCUUAUCUUGCCUCUUUUCUUUCCCCUUUCCUAUCCUUUGUUAUUUGUGGUCAGAGAACUGCAAAUGGUUUCAUUUUGUCUAAGGCAUAGGGAAAUGGUUGGAGGUGAAGGUUAGAAAGACGGUUUGAUGCCAAAGCUCCAAGGGCUUGAGAAAUAGGGAGCUGAGAAAUUAUAAGGUCGGGCAUCAUUAUGCAGGUUUCUGUGGGUUAUGAAGUCAUUGGGACUCAAGGUGCUAAUCUGAUUGUGUUGUAUGAUCUGGGUUAAAAUAGGAGGUGGAAGAGAGUACAGCAAGGGAGGCCCUGAUUUAGGGAGGUGAGGUCUUUCUGAUGUUCAGUUUCCCCAGCUAUAGAGCUUAGAUGGGUAGUUUUCCCCUUCCUUUCCCCCAUCCCCAGAACUGUUUUCAUAUGCAAUGGCUGCCUUGUUUGAAGUGGGGUAUAGGGCCUAGGGUGCCUUUCUCUGAUCGCUCCAUACUCGAGGGCAGCCUCUAAGGAACUUUAAGGAAUUUUAGGGCCUUUUGAAGUACAGAUUAAAGUCACUCACUUGAGUAGUCACAGAUUCCUAGCAGGUUUUGAGAAACACUCUACGCUUCUCAGUGUACACUCGUCAUUUUGCUUUUCCCCUCUUGUCAAAACAGUAAGUAGUACAUGUAGACGAUGCUGUGUCCAUACCAACCUGCUUUCAGAGACUUGGAACUGGGAGUUCUCCUGUGGCUCUGUGGGUUAAGGAUCGGCAUUGUCACUGCAGCAGCUCGAGUUGCUCCAUCUAGCCAAACUGGGAACUUCCACGUGCAGGGAGCACUGCCAAAAAAAAGAAAAGACUCAGAACCUUAGGCUGAGGAGAAAGAAUUCCAGCCACACAUUUCCUCUCUUGGUCUGAGUCACUAGGGAAUUCCCCAGUAAGGCAGCAUUCCUGAGAGUUGGGCUAGACCACGGGGACAUGAUCAGAGAGAGGGAUAGAGUCUGAGCAAGACAGGCCAAGGGUUCAGUUGUUGGACUUACACGUGUCUCGACUAUCGCCCACAGGUGAUGGAGGACGAGGAGAAAGCAGUGGAGAUCUUGGUGACCAACACGGAAGCUGCUCAUUCUCCAUUCCCCAUUCGCUGCUGUUGGUUCCGUCUCCGCUGCUUGGCAGCUACUAGCGUUAUAUGUGGCUGCUCUUGCCUGGGAGUUGUGGCCCUUGUGUUUGCCAUCAAGGCAGAAGAGCGGCAUAAGACAGGCCGGUUGGAGGAGGCAGUGCACUGGGGGGCCCGGGCCCGGAGGUACAUCCUGGCCAGCUUUGCUGUCUGGCUUGCAGUCCUCGUUCUGGGCCCCCUGCUUCUAUGGCUGCUCUCCUACGUCAUCGCCCAGGCUGAGUGACCCUGGGUGGCCUCUGCUGAGAGUCAGCUGAGACCUCCUGGUUCCUGCAGUGCUAGGGUCUGGUGCCAGCAGUGGUACUUCCUGACUGGAAGGAUGGUGCUUCUCUCAAAGGUCUUUGGAAGAGCUCUUUAGUCCUUUACAAAUGGCAGCAGCUGAGACCGAUGAGGGGAGGUCAACCUGCUCUGUUCUUUCAGUGCCCACCGUCCCCUAUUCCCCCCAACCUACUCCUCUCCUAGAGGCCUCUAGGUGGUGUGGUUGAAGACCAGGCCUGAUUUUAUUAGUAUUUGUUUUAUAAUAAAAAUCUUUUUUAGUGGCAAAAUG